CAGCACUAUUCCCUCCCUUUAUCUACUGUAGCAUUCUCUCUCCUAUUCAUCUCUUGGACACAGAUACUUCAAAGUCAGAAUCCCAUAGGGAGAAAUUAUUAUGGACCUCAAGGAGUUUUGCUUGAAUGAAAACUUCCAGUUUCUAAACCAGCACAACCUUUUGGAUUCGUCCUCCACUGAUGAUCCACCGUCCCCCUGUGAUCCGCCAGUCAAAGCCGACCCGCUAAGCCCCUCGUUUGGCCUGGACAACAACGCGACACCGUUCAGCCCCGGUAGCAGCUCGGACAGCAGCGGCUACAGCCUGUUCUCCCAGAAGCACUCUCUGAACCCGGACUCUCCCACCAGCUCCAGCUCAAUCUCCAGCAGCAGCGCCCCCGCUCUCUUCAACCCCGUCAGUCACACAGAGUCCAUCGUCUGCUGCGACUACAUCCCAUCACUGAACCUCGGAGCCAAACGCCUGUGUCUGGUCUGCGGGGACUUCGCGUCUGGCUAUCACUACGGCGUCGCGUCCUGUGAGGCGUGCAAGGCCUUCUUCAAAAGAACUAUUCAAGGAAACAUUGAGUACAGUUGUCCUGUGGUGAAUGACUGUGAGAUCACCAAAAGACGGCGGAAAUCAUGUCAAGCAUGCCGAUUUCAGAAGUGCCUGCGUGCUGGCAUGAUGAGAGAGGGUGUGCGCAUGGACCGUGUGAGAGGUGGCCGACAGAAGUACAAGCGUAGAGUGGAUUCAGGCCUCUCUUUCUUCACCAAAACACCUUACACACAUCCAGGCAAAUCAAUCAGAAACAAAGUGAUUUCUCAGCUCCUCGUUUCUGAACCAGCUCCUCUGCGAGCUUCCCCUGACCCCUCAACCCCUGACAGUGACCUAAAAACGCUACUGUCCUUAUGUGACCUUUUAAACAGGGAGCUCCUGGUAAUGAUUGACUGGGCAAAACACAUACCAGGAUUCACUGCCCUCUCAUUGGUGGAUCAGAUGGCGUUGCUCCAGGGUGGCUGGAUGGAGAACCUGGUAAUGAAUGUUGUUUGGCGGUCUCAGGGCUUGUCCGAUGAGCUGCAGUUUGCAGAGAACCUGCGACUGAAUGAGAGCCAGAGCAAAACCGCAGGACUGCAUGAUCUCUACAUGGCAUUACGACAUCUGACCUCCAAAUACCAACAGAUGGGCCUAAACCAGGAGGAGGUGGUCACUCUCAAAGCCAUGACACUGGCUAACUCAGAUGCAGAGAAUGUAGAGGGUGCAGAUGCCGUGCAGUGCUUUCAGGACACGCUCCACGAGGCCCUGCAGGACUACGAGAGCAAUCAGCGGCCCUCCGAGCCUCAUCGCGCUGGCAGACUGCUCAUGACGCUGCCCCUGUUACGGCAGACGGCCCACAGAGCUGUUCGUUGCUUCUGCUGGCUGCACACAGAGGGACGAAUCCCAAUGCACAAACUCUUUCUGGAAAUGCUGGAUGCCAAGAUCUAGACUAGGAUGGUGUAGAAUGAAGGAAAAGACUGGGAAGGUGGAUCCCCAUUAAUGUCAUAAUAGGGCAGCUGAACUUAAAAGGAUAUUCUUUGGUGACUUGUUUAAGGACAAAGUCCUUUCACAAAUACAUCAGUAAAUAAAGAAAUUGGAACAGCUCUUUGGAGUAAGGCAGCUAAACUGCACUUGAAGACGAGAGCUUAAUAUCACUCUCUGUCUCACUGAAGCACAAUCUUGUCUUUUUUUUACUAUUUAUUUGAUUUAUAUGAAAUUCAAGGAGAUUAUCAUUUGGUAUGGUGUUAGCAAUAGUUUAGAUGUAUUUUUUAUUAUUGUAUUUUUUAGGGUUUUACAUGAUAUAUCAACAUUUUUCAUUUGUACACAGUUUUGUCAAUUUAGAUUUGGGGAUUUUGUUAAAGUCUUUAAUGGCUUUAUUUUUGCAAAAUAGCUACAGCAAUCAAAAACUCUCACAAUAAUACAUAUAGUCUGCAAUACUACUGUAUAUCAAGCUAUGGAGCAAUACGCCUUUCUAAUUAUUGUCUAAUUUAUUACAAAUACAUUCCAUCUGUAUUAUAUGAAAAUAAAUUAUUUUUUGGAAUUUUAAAGUGCUUUAUUUUUUAUUUUUUUAUAUUUACAUUUAACUGAAAAUAUUUCCAACCCAAGCACAAAAAAAGUUUUAUUCUGUGUCCUAGGUUGAAUAAAGUUAAAAAAAAAAAAAAAAUACACAACAUCUGGGUGCCAUUACAAUCAAUGUUACAAACAACGUUUCACAUUCUGGGAUGGUGUCUUUCAUGUAACAACUGCAUAUAAACUAAAUUUGCAAGUGUCAUAAACAAAACCAUAAAUAUUAGAUUUUUACUUAUGAGUAAAACAUAUCUGUAGUACAUUCCCAUAUUUUAAAAAGAAUUUGUACACAUAGGUGACUAGGAACAUGAAAUUGUUCAGCCAUGACUUCCUGUUUCACAGGGGUAUAAAUAUGAGGUAACACACCAAAUUCCCUUAGUCAUCCAUCACAAUGGGUAAGACCAAAAAAUAAAGUCAUGAUGUGUGGCAAAAGGUUGUUGAGCUUCACAAAAUGGGAAGUGGCUAUAAUAAAAUAGCUAAAGCAUUAAAAAUACCCAUUUCCACCAUCAGUGAAAUAAUUAAGAAGUUCCAAUCAACUGGAGAUGUUAAGAAUCGGCCUGGAAGAGGACGUGUGUCUAUAUUGUCUCCACGCACAGUGAGGAUGCUUUGCAUGGACAAAAAUUCCCCAAGGAUCACAGCUGGAGAAUUGCAGAUAUUAGUUGGGUCUCAGGGUCUGAAAGUAUCCAAACCCACAAUCAGACAUCACAAGUUGUUUGGGAGAGUUUCAAGAAAAAAGCAUUUGCUCUCAUCCAACAAACUCAAGCGUCUUCAGUUUGCCAGACACUACUGGAACUUCAAAUUGGACCGGGUUCUAUGGUCAGAUAAAACAAAAAUAGAGCUUUUUGGUAGCAAACACCAGUGAUGGGUUUGGCUCACACAGACAGGUAGCCAUAUGGAAAAGUACCCCAUGCCAACGGUUAAAUAUGAUGGUGGAUUUUUGAAGUUGUGGGGCUGUUUUUAUGCCAGAGGUCCUGGACAUCUUGUUCAGAUACAUGGCAUCAUGGACUAUCAAAUACCAGCAGAGAAAAAAACAAACCUGACUGAUUCUGCCAGAAAGCUAAAAAUGAGCCCUGGUUGGAUCUUCCAACAGGACAAUAAUCCAAAACACACAUCAAAAUCAACACAAAAAUGGUUCACUGACCAUAAAAUCAAGGUUCUGCCAUGGCCAUCCCAGUCCCCUGUCCUUAAUCCCUUAGAAAACCUGUGGGGUGAACUGAAGAGGAGAUUCCACCAGUGUGGACCUCAGAAUUUGAAGGAUCUGGAUAGAUUCUGUAUAGAGGAAUGGUCACAGAUCCCUUGCCAUGUCUUCUCCAACCUCAUUAGGCAUUAUAGAAGACUCAGAGCAGUUAUCUUGGCAAAGGGAAGUUGCACAAAGUAUUGAAUAAAAGAGUGCCAAUAAUUGUACCACACAUAUAUUUGACAAAAGUAUUGUUUGAUAUCUAUUAGACGAUAUAUUUUUGUGAAUAUUUUGAAUGAAAGAUCAAAAGGAUAAACAAUAAAGACAUACUUUUCACAGCCUUCUUUGCUCAUAUUUACCAAGGGUGCAAAAUAUUUUUGGCCACAACUGUAUGCCAACAGAAGCAAUGUGUACAUUAAGACCCCUUCAAAGUAAGAUUGCACCUAUUUGCAUGGUAUAGGAUUCUUUAUAUACAAACACAUCUAACUCAAGCUGACAUUUAGAUGCAUUUCAUGUUUUUAGUAAAGUAACAGCCCCUUUUUAAUAUUUCAAAGGCACACCAAUCCUCCUACAGCAGUAAAAUUUUAAGCAGUUUGCAUUUUCACACAACAACCACACUUUAUAUGUGUAAUGUAAACAAUCAACUGAUAGUCUGCAUUCUAUUUACGGAAAAUAAUGAUGAAUAUUUGUGUACAUCGCAUUAGCUUACAUUAAAUUAUAUUAUAUAUAGGCAUGGGCCAUUAAAAAAGGAAAACUGUACUGGGCGAGCACUAAUUAGUUACAUAACCCUAUUAGUUUGAACAAUGUUCAGAUACAUUUGGAAACUGAAAGUUAUUUCAGUAAUAUCAGCCAGUGCACAACUAACCAGUGAUAUCUUGACCAACAAUAACAAAACCUCACAAAGCUAAAGCCAUACCGUAUUUUUGUUUGGUGUCAUUUAUCAAGUCUACAUUCUAUUUAAUACAAUUAGAGGGUGUAAGCAGGCAAUGUUCAUAAUACAAAACAUAUUCUCUUUUUCAAUGUCAUAUCUUUUUUUUUUUUUUUCAAAAAGAC